UCUUUUAUACAAACUAUAGUACAAAGUGAUGAUGAGUCCAAUAUUGACAUUGAUUGGGAGAAUCUUGGGUUUAAUUUAAUUCCAACUGAUUUUAUGUACCAAACAAAAAGUUGUGAAAAUGGUCAUUUCAAACAAGGCCAACUUAAUCCCUAUGGCAAUAUACAAUUAAGCCCCUCAGCUGGUGUGUUAAACUAUGGACAGGGUAUUUUUGAAGGUACAAAAGCAUAUAGAAGAGAUGAUGGACGUUUAUUUCUAUUUCGUCCUAACCAAAAUGCAAUUAGAAUGCAAAUUGGUGCUGAAAGAAUGUGCAUGCCUUGUCCUUCAAUUGAUCAAUUUUUGGAUGCUGUGAAACAAACUGCUCUGGCUAAUAAACGUUUUAUUCCUCCUCAUGGAAAAGGGUCUCUUUAUAUAAGGCCUUUGCUUAUAGGAAGUGGACCAAUUCUUGGUUUGGCUCCAGCACCAGAGUACACUUUCCUUGUCUAUGCUUGUCCUGUUGGAAAUUAUUUCAAGGAAGGGACAUCGUCAUUGAACUUGUACGUUGAGGAAGACCUUCAUCGCGCCUCGCGUGGUGGAGCUGGAGGUGUCAAAAGCAUUACUAAUUAUGCCCCGGUUUUAAGAGCCAUAAAAAGUGCAAAAGACAGAGGAUUCUCAGAUGUAUUAUACCUUGACUCUAUAAAUAAGAAAUACAUUGAAGAGGUCUCUUCUUGUAACAUUUUCCUAGUGAAGGGAAAUAUCCUUUCAACUCCAACAACAAGUGGAACUAUUCUUGAAGGAGUGACAAGAAAAAGUAUUAUGGAAAUUGCACAUGAUCUUGGUUACCAGGUUGAAGAACGUUUAAUUGAAGUGGAGGAAUUGAAUAAUGUUGAUGAAGUAUUUUGUACUGGAACUGCUGUUGGUAUUGCUUCAGUAGGUAGCAUCACUUAUAAAGGCAAAAGGAUUGAGUACAAGGAAAAGCUAACAAGUAAGAAAUUGUGCUCAAGAUUAAUUGAAAUUCAAAGAGGUAUUAUUGAGGACAAGAGGGACUGGAUCGUAGAGAUUUAUUGAACUUCUUGCCAAGUAAAAUAUAGUUUAGAAUAUACUAAAAUAUUAGUAAAGUAUGA